AUGAAAAAGCUUUGUCCGUGUGGCUGGCCGGAGUGCCUCGCCGGCCCCUUUAAACCGGACCGAAUUUUUUGUGGGCGUUUCAGUGUUCCCUCCCGAGAACGUGGACGACGUCGCCGAGCGGCAGCGCAUCGAGCGCAACAUCCAGGAGCGCAUCCAGGCUCGUCAACGCCUGCGCCACCACUACCCGAUCGACCCCGAGGAGGACACGCUGUACGAGGUGCCGCCGCGGAUGCCGGAGAUCAACCUGAUGCACUGUUAGCCGGUGCUGCCCCUGACCACCACGAUGAUGAUGGCGACAAGAAAGGUGCUGCUGCCCUC